AUGCGCCGCGUGAUCGCGUCCGAGGUGCUGAGCAGCGCGAGGCUGCGCUGGCUGGCGGCGGCGCGGGCCGAGGAGGCUGACCACCUCACUCGGUACCUGCGCAACCUGUGCUUAGCCGGAGGCGGCGGCGUCGUCGAUAUUCGGCUGGCAAUGAGGUACUACGACGGGAAUGUGAUCCGGCGGAUGAUGUUCGGGGUGAGGCACUUCGGGGCCGGCGGCCCGCCCCAAGGCCCCGGAGAGGAGGAGGUGGAGCAUGUGGAGGCGGCGUUCUCGAUGCUGUCGGUGCUCUACGCCUUUUGCCCGUCGGACUUCCUGCCGUGGCUGAGAUGCCUGGAUUUGGAAGGCCAUGAGAGGAUAGCCGAGCAGGCGGCGAGCACCAUCUGCAAGUACCAUGAUCCAAUCAUCGAUGAAAGGAUCGAGAAGUGGCGGAGCGGAGAAAAGAAGGAGGUGGAAGACCUUCUCGACGUCAUGAUCUCCCUCGCCGACGACUCCGGCAAGCCGAUGCUCAGCACUGAGGAAAUUAAAGCUCAAUGCGCAGAGUUUAUGUAUGCCGCCGUGGACAAUCCCUCAAACACAGCAGAGUGGUUGUUACUUGACACUACACACUUGCUAGAACAAACUGACAUCAUGCGAAAAGCUGUUGAGGAGUUGGAUCGGGUUGUCGGCAAGGAGCGGUUAGUAGUCGAAUCUGACUUUGCUCGACUCCCCUAUGUGAAGGCAUACGCUCGCGAGGCCCUUCAUCUCCACUCGAUCGCACCCUUCAACCUCCCUCACGUAUCCAUCGAUGACGCGGUCGUUUCCAACUACUUCAUCCCCAAGGCGAGCAUGGUGUUGUUGGGUCGAGCUGUACUCGGACGAAAUCCCAAGGUUUGGGAUGAUCCGACCCAGUUCAAUCCGAGCCGACACUUUAUGGAUGGACACCAAGAGGUAGAGUUAGCAGAGCCAGGUCUCCGAAUGAUAUCGUUUACCACCGAGCGUCGACAAUGCAUGGGAGCUCAGCUUGGCACGGCAAUGACCUACAUGUUGGUUGGAAGGGUGCUUCAAGCAUUCGAAUGGAGUUUACCUAUUGAUGAGACAGGCAUCGACCUCUCGGAGGAAAGGAUGAGCCUCUUCAAAGCCAAACCUCUAAUGGCUUGUGCAAAGAUUCGAUUGCCAGAUUUGUUAGAGAAUCUAUGAGCAAAAGAAAGUAAACUGA